GCGGAGGAGAGGCGUCGUUGAGGGCGCAGCAUCCACAGCUACAAAGAAUACGGCGACGAUGGCCGAUCUGUCUCUGUACCUCACUAACGUCAGUGUGUCCAUAGGACAGAGCAUGGACGUGGAGCAGACUCCGGCUCCAGGCUUUGAGAGUGUGGAGCUGGGGGAGCUGGACAAGAGAGAGGAGCAGCAGAGCGAGAAGGUUCCCCGCAGGAUCAUCCAUUUCUCUAGCGGGGAGACCAUGGAGGAGUACAGCACCGACGAGGAGGAGGAGGAGGAGGGGGACAGGGAGCCGGAGAGGAAAGACCUGCUGUCCUCCCCGGCCGAUGCAGCGAAGUCUAAGUUGACCUGGGGUCCAUACUUCUGGUUUCACAUGUGGAGAGCUGCCACGUCCACCAUCUCAGCCUGUGACUACCUGGGGGAGAGGAUGGCCUCCGCCUUUGGGAUAACAUCAGCCAAAUAUCAGUACGCUAUUGAUGAAUACUACAGGGUGAAGAAGGAGAGGGAGGAAGAGAAAGAGGAAGACCGCCUGUCAGAAGAAGCGGAGCGAUCCUUUGACCAGCUGCCGUCUCAGGAAGAUGAAGACGAGCCAAUCACCGUGACAGACCGGCCAGAGGCGGCCGGCGCUCAGCCUGAUGUGACCUAUCAGAUCGAAAAUGAAAAUCGGGCGUGUUCGAGCACCAUCAGAGUCCCUGCUAUCGUCACCGCAACCUAACUGACCCUAGAAAUGGACGUUUGCGCUCCUAUGUCUGUCUGUCUGUUAAAGAAGGAACACUGUCUUGUUUCACCAAGCACCGUUUGGUUUGUGUACGACACAGCUGUGGAUGGGCAGUGCUGCUGUAUUGUGGUUGUUUGGCAAGGACAGUAGUGGUGGAGUGAGUGUCCUUAUGCAACAGUGUAGCAACUAAGUACCGGCUGGAUAAUGGAGCAAUAUGAUCUUUGAAUUUAUUGAGGUGUGUGUGUGUGUGUGUGUGUGUGUGUGUGUGUGUGUGUGUGUGUGUGUGUGUGUGUGUGUGUGUGUGUUAUAAAAAACAUAUAUUAAGUUCCAAUUUAUCUGCCAAUGCAUAGAUUUGUUCACAUUGUGACAGUUUUCUAUUUUGGUUAGUUGUUACAUUAUUCAGUGAACAGCUGCUGUGGAGUGAAGGUUCCAUGUUGCUCCCCUGUGCCUCCGAUCGACCUUACACUGUGCCUAAAUCAUCAAUACAGCCCAGUCAGAGACAGAUCUGGACAAAGCAUACCUGGAACAUAAUUGGAAAUGACUCCCGGCCAUUUGAAGAUGUCAAAUAGCCGUUUUUCAAAUAGUUGGUGCAUGUACAACAGCUGUUUUGUCCAGAUCUGAUCUACCUGGUGCAUUCCUGAUACACCUGGCUCCACCAAAGAGCUGGCCCUUUUGACUCUCCCUCACAUGUUGAUUUGCCCUCUGUGUUUUUGUAUUAAUGCAUAUUAAGCUUGUAUUGCACUCGAUGUCUGUGUGAAAGCACUGAGCAGAUUUAGCCUUGGUUAGCAAAUCAUCUGUGGACCACCAGACAGACAUGUUGUUAAAAAAGAUAACAAUGAAAGCGGGUCUAGGUGUUCAGUGUUGCUCUCAUCAUCAGCCUUAUCAACUAUGGACAUAAGAAUAGGGGGUGUGCUAUGUAAGCCUUUGGUAAUGGCAGAGAACAUUGUUACACUAAGUCUGUAUAAAUACAUGCAAACUUACAUUUUUAACUGUUUUUAGUAACAUUUUUUAUAUUUAUGUAUUUAUUUUACUACUUAAUUUAAGCAUAUUUUCUAUUGAUUUGGUAAUUGACACUGUCAUGAACUGUUAAUAAAAAUCAUCGUUAUUGUC